AAAAGUAAACAACUAACGUGCGUGGGUACGGAAAAAGGCAUGAAACGUGAUUAGAUUUCAUUGGGAAGAGACGAGACGCAGCGAGACUCUCGUUUGCAUUUAUUUUCAUUUUCAUUUAAUUAUUUUUUCCCAUUUUGUUUUUAAAAAUAGUUAAUUUAAUUAUAUAUAAAUUGGAAUAAAUCUGCAAGGUUGGGGUAGUUCGUGGUCAGAGGGCGGCGAAGGAAAGCUAGCCAUUAGCCUCCGCCUCCCGCAGCCACUGAUGCUCGGUGUACUGUGCGCACGCCCCAAGCCUUGGAUCCUCUCCUCAGCUUUCUUCCUCCACGGCUCGGCGGCCCACCACCACUGCCGCCUUGCCUCCCCCCACCUCCUCCCCUCCCAGCUCUCCACAUCCUCCGACGACGCCCACCACCGCCGCCGCCAUCAUUCCAGCACCUGCCGCCUCGGCGCCGCCUGCUCCCCCUCUGCCGGGGGCGCCGCGUCCAUUUGGCACGCGAUCCUCCCCUCCGGUGGAGACAUCGGCUUCCUUCGCAGCCGACGGAGGAUCGACCUCGCCCAGCCGGUCUUCCGCGGUGAAGGGUCAUGGAACGUGGCCUGGGAUGCUCGGCCCGCGCGGUGGUUGCAUCGUCCCGACUCUGCUUGGCUGCUGUUCGGUGUAUGCGCUUGCCUCGCGCCCGUAAAUUGGAAUGACGUCGUCAUUGACGCCGAGGCGGCUGUUGCAGAGGAGAAGCUCGACAAAUGCGAUUCGAACGAUGCCGAACAGAACCGCGAUGAUUACAGAGUAACAGGGGUGCUAGCUGAUGGUCGAUGCUUGUUUAGAGCAAUAGCUCACAGUGCCUGCUUGCGCAAGGGAGAGGAGGCUCCUGAUGAUAAUCGGCAGAGAGAACUUGCUGAUGAAUUAAGAGCUCAAGUUGUCGAUGAGCUCCUAAGGAGGCGAGAAGAAUCGGAAUGGUUCAUUGAAGGAGAUUUCGAUGCGUAUGUUAACAGGAUUCAGCAGCCCUACGUCUGGGGUGGAGAACCCGAGUUGCUAAUGGCCUCCCAUGUCCUGAAGACGCCUAUAUCAGUAUACAUGAUAGACAGAAGCACGGGAGGUUUGGUCAACAUAGCAAAGUACGGAGAAGAGUAUCAGAAGGAUGGAGAAAGCCCCAUAAACGUCCUGUUUCACGGAUAUGGGCACUACGACAUACUGGAGUCCUUUCCAGAUCCAAGCUAUCAGAAAUAUUGAAGAUGUAGAGGGCCGGUAACACAUUUUUUAUUUUACAAAUCUCGAUACUCAGAUGAGUGAAAAACUUGAAUAGCAUUCAGCUCCCCCUUUCCUCCUCUAGAUAGGGAUAUCAUCAUUUUGCGGCUAUUUCACGAUCCUCUUCGAGUCUGCAGCCCAAAUAAUAAUUCAAGCUCCAAGCUUGUUGCUUUUUGAAGAUUAGAGACGAACAUUUGUAGUCGAAGUUAGUCUGUUAUUUCAUGGACUGGUGGUUCCAUUUCGGUAUUAGCUCAAUUUUUUUUUGCAGUAGUGGGCAGGUGACGGACACAAGCAGGGCUUUUGCAUACAAUGAUCGAGUUACAAAGGGCUUAUGGUGAUCAUUUCUGGUGGGAGAGUAUAAUAUGUUAUGUGUACAUAAUGUAUAGGAGAGAAGAAAACGCUAGUAAAUUGAGUGGUACCUGGCCGAGUGUAAACUGGUGUUUAUAAUCGAUUUCAACAAUUUAGACAUGGGGAUAGAUCUUUUUUCUUUUUUUUUUUUAGUGUACCCUCAGGCCAAGUCAGUUCACAGGAUAUAUACUAGUAAGGGUCCGAGUUGAGCUUGUGUUCUACUUCCGGGGGGAUAAAUGCCCAGUAAGACUUAAAGAUAAUUCCCACAAUUACAUUGGUCCAUAAAUGGAACGCGCGAUAUAAAAUGAAUGAUGUCAUCUUGA